UUUUUCAUCUUCUUCUUCUUCACUAUUUUUUUCCUCUUUUCUGUAUGUAUGCUUUUGUUUUGUCUCUCUGAAAGUAAGAAAAGGAGGAUAAUGGUGAAGUGGAAAUCACAGGGGACGAAAAAAAACAGAGCAGAGCGGUAAAAGAAAAGAAAAGAAAAAGAAAUGAAAAACAACUCAGCCCACAUGGAAUUUGUGGGGAUCGCCCAAAACGUAUAGAAAAUGAGUUUGGUUAUUCUCAGAUCUCUAGGAUCUCAGAAUUUUGGGCUUAAUGCUUGCUUGUUUCUCGAGAAAAUCCUUGUCUGAGCUCCCAUGGUGCCCAUUUGACGGUUUGAUUCCAAUUCUCCGUUUCCGAGCUGAACAACUUGGUUUUUCCAAAGGAAAACAAAAGCAAAGAGAAGAGCUUGCUGUUUUUGGAGACUUUCGGGUUCCUUUUAUUUAUUAUUAUAACUUUUUUUUUGGGAUAAGGCAAUGUGUGAGAACUGAGAAUGGCCUGUUUGCUUGCUGGUGUUGCUGGUUAUGGUGGUUUUCCUCAAUGGGUACUGGUUGAACGAAGAAAAUAAUGUUGGUGAAGAGAGAAAAGAGGAUGGGAAAAAGUGGUUCCUUUUUGUGGAAUUUAGUGGGUGCACUACUGGUUUUUCUGGCAUUGCUUCAGGCCUCUUCUGCAACUCUUUCUCCAACUGGUAUAAACUAUGAAGUUGUAGCUUUGGUGGCGAUUAAGACUGCUCUUAAUGAUCCGCACAAUGUAUUGGAGAACUGGGACGUUAAUUCUGUGGAUCCUUGUAGUUGGAGGAUGGUAACUUGCACUUCAGAUGGCUACGUGUCUGCUUUGGGACUGCCCAGUCAGAGCUUGUCUGGUACGUUAUCUCCUUGGAUUGGAAAUCUCACUAACUUGCAAUCUGUUUUGCUUCAAAACAAUGCCAUUUCGGGUCCGAUUCCCGCUACAAUUGGGAAACUGGAGAAGCUUCAGACACUUGAUCUCUCCAACAAUGCACUCACGGGUGAAAUACCUGAUUCUUUGGGGAACCUGAAGAACUUGAAUUAUUUGCGAUUGAAUAACAACAGCCUUACUGGACCGUGCCCCGAAUCGCUGUCCACUGUUGUAGGUCUAACUCUUGUGGACCUUUCUUUCAACAAUCUGAGUGGUUCAGUGCCGAAGAUAUCUGCAAGAACUUUCAAGAUUCAAGGCAACCCAUUAAUCUGUGGUCCAAAGCCUGGAGGUAACUGUUCUGCUGGCUUUCCGGAGCCACUGUCCUUCCCUCCCGAUGCUUUAAAAGCUCAAUCAGGCUCCGGGGAAAAACGUCACCGAGUGGCUAUUAUAGCUGGUGCAAGUUUUGGUGCCACUUUUAGCAUUAUACUACUAAUGGCACUACUUAUUUGGUGGCGAUAUAGACAUAACCAGCAGAUUUUCUUUGAUGUCAACGAUCAAUAUGACCCAGAAGUUUCCUUAGGCCAUUUGAGAAGGUAUACAUUUAAGGAGCUUCGGGCUGCGACUGACCACUUCAACCCGAAGAAUAUUUUGGGGAGAGGUGGCUUUGGCAUUGUAUAUAAGGGAAGCCUGAACGACAGGACUCUAGUAGCAGUUAAAAGGCUUAAGGACUAUAACGCAGCUGGUGGAGAAAUCCAAUUUCAGACAGAAGUUGAGAUGAUAAGUUUGGCCGUUCAUCGGAAUCUUCUCAGGCUUUGUGGGUUCUGCUCAACCGAAAACGAGCGCCUCCUUGUGUACCCUUAUAUGCCUAAUGGAAGUGUUGCCUCCCGGUUAAGAGAUCACAUCAAUGGUAGGCCAGCUCUAGACUGGACAAGGCGGAAGAGAAUAGCUUUAGGCACAGCAAGGGGGUUAGUUUAUUUACAUGAGAGUUGUGACCCCAAGAUUAUCCACCGCGAUGUCAAGGCAGCUAAUAUAUUGCUAGAUGAAGACUUUGAGGCGGUUGUGGGAGAUUUUGGGUUGGCAAAGCUUUUGGAUCACAGAGAUUCUCAUGUGACCACAGCCGUGCGUGGCACUGUUGGCCACAUAGCUCCCGAGUACCUAUCGACUGGUCAGUCGUCGGAGAAGACUGAUGUUUUUGGGUUCGGGAUCUUGCUUCUCGAGCUAAUCACUGGUCAGAAGGCUUUGGAUUUCGGACGACAAGCAAAACAGAAAGGCGUUAUGCUUGAUUGGGUAAAGAAACUCCAUCAAGAGGGAAAGUUAAAUCUAAUGGUGGAUAAGGAUAUUAAGGGCAACUUCGACAGGGUCGAAUUGGAGGAGAUGGUUCAGAUUGCCCUCUUAUGCACUCAGUUUAACCCUUCUCACCGCCCAAAGAUGUCCGACGUCUUGAAGAUGCUAGAAGGCGAUGGUUUAGCCGAGAAAUGGGAGGCAUCUCAGAAGGUUGAGACGCCAAGGAUCCGAUCAUGUGAAAACCCGCCUCAAAGGUAUUCAGAUUUUAUAGAAGAAUCUUCACUCGUCAUAGAAGCAAUGGAGCUCUCUGGCCCGAGAUGACCAACGUUUUCAUUUUUCUUGCAUACCACGUCUCCAUUUGUGAAACCAUGAAAUCGCGGAAGCUUGAAAGUGAUUGUUGCUGAUAUCUUUGUCGAGCCUGCGUUUCAUCUGUAAAAAAAGAAAGAUGGCAAAGGAAAACGAUGUAUAAUCUGCCUUUUUUCCUUUGUGGGGUAUUUCAUUGAGUCUAUUUAGCGUCAUUUUAGAGAAAUUUUGGAGAUGUUAGAAAUUUGUAUGUAGUUACUCAGGUUGUUAUAGUUGGCUUGCUGCUGAUCAAUUUGAUUGUAAGAAAAAUGUCAGUUUGCAAAAUCUCUUAGCCUCACGUCUUGUGACUACAUGGAAAUGUUAUAGUUAAUAGUGAAGCAAUUUUUUCUCUGUUUUUAUUUUUAUUUUUAUUUUUUUAUUUUUUUUUUGAAAACUAUGAAUUGAACUUUA